AUGGCAGAUAGUUUGGUGGAAACGCCCACAGCCAGUUCGGCACAUUUGAUGAACCUAAACGUCAUCAACACGAUGUCGACCGGUGCGGGCGAUCCGGGAAGUUCCGCUUCCUCUUCGUCAUCGUCGUCGUCGUCGUCCGCUUCAUCCUCGAGUGUGGCCACGUCGUCUGGUUCGAAUGUGUCGGCGAAUGUGUCCGGCACCGUCGAGCCGACUACCGGUGCCGGCAAUGGGAGUAGCGGCCGAUCGCCGACGGUUUUGAUCUCGGUCAGCGCGACGACCAGCUCGCAAACCACACGCCAGUCGAGCUUGGCCUCCGAUCUGCUGCUGAAUGAGAUGAUAAAUAUCGCUCAUCAUCGUGCCUCUAUCGCGAACAACAAUGGCACCGGCCAGCAGCAACCGUCGUCCUCUACGACCCCGACCGCCCCAUCCUCUUCGUCCAACGUAUCCUCCACCGGUGCGCCGGCCGUUAGCUCACAGCUGUCCUCCGUACCUUCCACCGGCGAACAGACCCCCACCCUAAUCACGCUAUCCGCGUCCCCUUCGUCCUCGUCGUCGUCGUCCAACGUGCAGCAGCAACCGCUGGAGCUGCUGCACCGCGAAACACCGAAACAGGCUCCGGCCAACCGCAAUGUGGGCACUUCGAUCCAUGGUCGAUCCGCCGACGAGCGGGACGACUGUGGCGAACCGGAGGCGAAGCGCAAGAAGGUCGACAAACCUAGCGCAAAGGUCGAAAAGCUGGAACUCCGUCUCGGCGGUAUACUGUGCUGCGCCGUCUGUCUGGACCUACCGAGGACCGCCAUGUACCAGUGCUCCAUGGGACAUCUGAUGUGCGCCGGAUGCUUCACCCAUCUGCUGGCCGAUGGAAGACUGCGCGAUCAGAACGCCACCUGUCCGAAUUGUCGCACAGAGAUCAGCAAGAACAACUCGUCGCGCAAUUUGGCGGUCGAGAAAGCUGUCUCGGAGCUGCCGGCCGAAUGUCAGUACUGCUCGAAGGAGUUUCCGAACAAAUCGAUCGAUUAUCACGAAUCCGCCGAGUGUGAGGAUCGCCCUACGGAUUGCAAGUUUGCACGCAUCGGUUGCCAAUGGCGUGGCCCGAUACAUGAGGUGUCAACGCACGAGGGAAACUGUGCCCAUCCGCGGAAGUCCGGCGCUGAUGUGAUGGUUGCCCUGCAGGCACAUGAUGUAAAGGCGGCCGAGGAUAAGAAACUCUUCCUCACGCUAAUCGAUUUGCUGAGCUAUGAGAAGAUCAUUUUUAACGAUUUGCAACUGAAACCGUACCGAACGGAUGAGUACGUGCAUCGUCUGUACUAUGAAACGAGCCGUUUCUCUGCCUUCAAUCAUCAGUGGGUAGUGAAGGCAAUCAUCAACAAAAGCCAGCGCGAUCCACACGAGUCUUGCGAGCGCGACAUUACUUAUCAGCUCAUCCUGAAGUCCAAAACAACGAGCCCGCUGCCGAUGCACUUCUUUGUGCUCCGUGGUCCAUUUUCCGAUAUUAAGGUUGACACGCAAAUCUACAAGCACGAUUUUGCCGAUACGGAAACGGAAAGUCCGUUCAAGCUGCUGCCCCUGCCGGACACUGCCGAGUGUAACCGGCUGCUCGCGGCCAAGGCAAUCAAUUUCCGGUUAAUUAUGUUUUUGGCCUCCAAGUAA